CAGCACCACCACCAGCAGCGGCAGCGACAGCAUCAGCAGCAGCAGCAGCAGCAGCAGCCUCAGCAGCACCUCCACCCCCCGGCCAUGGACCCCCCGAGGACUCGAUCGCGCUCGCGCUCCGGAUUCUACCAGCACACCAUGGUGGGCAUCGGCGGGAGCGGCAACCCCAGCAGCAUCAACAUCAACAACAACAAUAACAGCAGCAACAGCAACAACGCGAAUGUCAACAACCCCAGCGGGGGCACCAGCCACCCCCAUCAGCCCGUGCGCGCGCCCCCGGGAGCCCACGGCCCCGCUGAGCCCCUGCGCGCCCCAGCGAGCCAACAUGCCUGCAGAAACCACGCAGCAGGAAUGGGAGCGCCCUUUCACUGUCACCCGGACCACCCGUACGGUGAAGACGGCGACAAGAGUGAAGACAGCCCCAGUCCAAAGCGUCAGCGUUUUUCCCAGCAGUCAGUGCUGGAGUUGACAUCAGCCCCCCCGCCCACACCCUCGCCUCCCAUGCGCCCGUGGGAGCUGCCGCCCAGCCGCCUGCCCCGACCCCACCUGCACCACCAGCCGGAGCGCUGCCACACGCCUGGCCGCAGCCGCCGCAGCCCUCCGGUUCGACGACAGCGCGGCCGGCGGGAACGGCACACCCGCCACCCGCACCCCCACCACGGCCCUGCGGGGGGGGCGCAGGACGAGAACUACCGACACCCCCAGCAGAGCUACCCCUAUGGGCAGCCGUUGCCCCCUCAGGGCCUGGAGGAGCCACGUGGGUUCCACGCCCCCGCCCUCUCUCCCCGACUGCUGCACCCUCAGCAGCAGAGCGCCGUGGUGGUGGACCUACACGAGCAGUUGCAGCAGGGCACGGUGCCGGUGUCCUACACGGUGUCACCGGUGCCCCCCCACGGGCUGCCCCCACCCCUCUGCACGGGCCAGCAUCUCCCCGCCUGCUCCUCGCAGCAGCAGAUGCCGGGCUGCUCGGUGGUCUUCAGCGGUCAGCACUAUCCAGUGUGCAGCGUCCCGCCGCCUAUGCUGCAGGCCUGCUCCGUCCAGCAUUUGCCCGUCCCCUACGGAUUCCCCUCCCUGCUGUCCAGUGACCCCCCGCUGCUGCUGCACCCGCCCCACCUCUCGCACCACCCGCCUCACUUACCCCCGCCGGGCCAGUUCGUACCGUUCCAGACGCAGCAGUCCCGAUCGCCCCUACAGAGAAUUGAGAAUGAGGUGGAGCUUCUCGGGGAGCCCCUCCCAGUGGGCGGAGCCUUCAACUACCCCCACUCGGCACACCCCAGCACGCUGCCGCCCUCGGCGCAGAUGCAGUUCCUCUCGCACGAGCCAUUGCCGCAGGAACUAUUCGGAGUGCCCUAUCCUCACUUCAUGCCUCGGCGGAUUACCGGGCGGCGGUAUCGAUCCCAGCAGCCGCUGCCUCCACCACCGUACCACCCCAGCUUCCUCCCGUACUUCCUCUCCAUGCUUCCGGUGCAGCCCGCCAUGGGACCAGGAUUCAGCCUCGAGCUGGACGUGGAUGAUGGGGAGGUGGAGAAUUAUGAGGCCCUGCUGAAUCUGGCAGAGCGUCUGGGAGAAGCCAAACCCCGAGGGCUGACCAAGGCCGACAUCGAGCAGUUGCCGUCCUACCGCUUCAACCCCAACAACCACCAGUCAGAGCAGACCCUAUGUGUGGUCUGCAUGUGUGACUUCGAGUCCCGCCAGCUGCUGCGAGUCCUGCCCUGCAGCCACGAAUUCCACGGAAAGUGUGUCGACAAGUGGCUCAAGGCCAACAGAACGUGCCCGAUAUGCCGGGCCGACGCCUCCGAGGUCCAGAGGGAUUCCGAGUGACUCGCCCCAGAUCCCGGCGUUCCGGAACUCGCCCGUAUAUCCGGGCCCCUUGAACCUGCUUCCUCUGACCCCGUUGUUGUGUCUCUUUGCGGUCCCCUCUUUGCCAUGUGGGUGGGGGGAAGGGGGGUGGGGGGGGUCCUGUGGAUUCCUUUGUAAUGCGUCUAAGUAUUAACCCAGCGACAUACCGGUCUUCUGAACCACCGUCAGCAAAAUAUAUACACAUACACAACGCUUCGACUGUGUAAUAGAGACUCCAAAGAUUGAUUAUUGAAUUUUCUGGUAUAUUUUACGGUUUCUAUUUUCUAUUGUAUCUUUUUCCUUGGGUUUCGUUUCGUUUCCGUGUGCGCACUAACAUUCCCGAGUAUGUGAGAGCUUCGAGCGGGCGCAGAUUUACAGCGGCCGCGGGGGCUGACUGUGAGCGUGGGCUUUUCGGCUUUUUAUAUGACACAAGUGAAUAUAUAAACAUGUAUAUGGGGAAAUAAAUAACUUUUAUUACCGGUAAUGAAAUACAAAACCUAUUUUAUACAUAGAAACACACACGCGUAUAUGUGUGUGGUGGCGUGUUAGUGGAAACUGUAGCUCGAUUACAACAUAGCAAUCUAUCUUAAAGAACUUUGAAUACUGUGAGCUGUGUGUGUGUGUGUGUGUGUGUGUGUGUGUGUGUGUGUGUGCGCGAGAGAGCGAGAAAGAGCACUGCGUGUGGCUGAGCAUCGCUGGUAUUUUUGUUUUUAUUUAUACGAUGUGUGUGUGUGUGUAUAGUGCAGUACACUGGUACCCCUGGUUCGCCCUCGCUUCAGCUACACCUUCGGGGUGUGUGUGUGGACCGCGCUGCCCAGGGUGUGGAAGGACCCAGGACCCAGCUGACUUAUUAUAGUCGUUACUACAAGGUGUGUGUGUGUGUGUGUGUGAUGUACGUGUCUCGUCUCGUCAUGAGCCUUGAUCUUACAAAACACCUCCCAAAACUGGAGUUGGACGCUCAUGCUUCUCAGAGACCCAGUCUGUCAAGAAAAAAAUUGACCCAGGAUGACCUAAUGUGGUCCAGUCGCUCAAAAUCUGACCCAGUCUCUCCUGUUCUAUGAAAAUCUGGUCCAGUCUUACCCAUUCUGCAAAAAUCUGGCCCAUGAUGGCCUAGUCUAACCCAGUUGGUCCAAAUCUGACCCAGGAUGACCCAGUAUGUCCUGGUCUGUCCCAUUCCUUGAAAAUGUGGUCCAGUCUGCAAAAAUCUGGCCCAUGAUGAACCAUGAGAACUCAGCUGGUCAAAAUCUGACCCAGUCUCUCCCAGUCUGUCUCAGUCCACAUUUAACUCAUAUGACAAGACCACACCCACAGAGGAAUUGUGGUUUUUGUCCUCAGGCGGUGACUGUAGUCCUCUGCUCUUCGGGCUUCCUGUUGUCGCACGUUUGGGAUGAGGAUCGUUCACCCCCCCCCCCCCGCUCCGCUCUGCACCGCCGGGUCUCUGGUGCUGAUUGCUUUGCUUCACGCUCUUGCCUUCUUGGCACAAGAAGUCGUGGAAAAGCAGAGAGAGAUGACAUCAGUAGCGUCUUCACCCUCAUUAGCUGCACUUAACAGUCACUAUGUACAUGGUUUCACAGUUCACGGUUUUUACGGAGGCAGAAAUCCCUGUUCGAUACACAAAAAUGAGUCCGGUGAUUGUUCUCACUAUAAUAAAAUGGGGAGUUCCACAUGUUGUAUGUGUGAACCGAUUAGUCAGUGCGUGUCCCUGAUGUUCAUGGAAAAGCCAAAAUUGUUACAUUCAAAUUUAGGCCUUGAAAGGAAUGACCAGUUCAUUUCCUUCCUUGCAUCAGUACUGUCUGUCGUCACUAAUAGAUGCGCUGUCUGUCACAUUUCAUUGGCUGCAGCAUCUGCCAAUCCGAAGGGGUGCUUCAGCAGAUGGUCCAAUUGGCACAUCCGGCUAUUUUUAAGGCGGGGCUUGGGGCUUCCUUCCACUUCCAUUGGUCUAUUCCAUCGUUAUUUUAUCGCAUUACUGAACUCCACACAAGUAGAACAUAUUAUUACAGUAAAAAUAAAUGUAAAAAAAGGAAAAAAAAUGCUUAAUAGGAACAGCAGUUAAUGCAUUCUUUGCUUCCACUCCUCUUUUGACUGCCUCCAUCACUCCCUCCAUCUCGUCCGCUCCCAUCGUCUUUUGGAAUCAUGUCACUCUGAAUGUCUUUAGAAUAACCAAUUUCGGAUCGGAACCCGCAGUGUCUUAAUAUAAGCGAUGCCUUUUAGCAGUUCUCCGGCGUGGAGACGUCCAUGUCCUCCAUACCUUUGUGAGUGAGCAAAAUGCCCUUUGCCUGUCGCCAAUGGGGCCUGGCAGCCUGAGUGGUCACUUUUCUCCUUAUUCUUUUUUUUUAAUAUCAUCCUUUCUGUGUGUAUGUGUUUUCCUCCUGCUUGGUACACUUGCAGUUACCUCAUUUUUACUAUUUAUGUAUUUUCAGAGUAUGCUUAAAGUUAUAUGAAAGCAUUUUGAAGUUUUGUUUUCUUCUAAAUUCAGUUGUAUCAUUUAACUCGACAUUGUAGUGUCACAUGUGUUAUGUAUCUGUAACCAAAAUCAUUGGAAGGCUUGAUAUAAAAUUUUUAACAGAAUUUGUACAUUUUUUUAAAAUGAAACUAUCAUUAGUAAGGCUUUACAAAGUAGUGCAAUGAAGUAUUUUAU